UAGAAACACAUCAGUUGCAAUCAAUCUCCUCUUCACUUCACUCUGACUUUAAACGGCCAAACCUCCGAAACAACAGAAAAAAAAAAAAAUGGCGGCUGCCGCAUCAUCAUCAUCUUUAACAACUUUUCUUCAUCACGUUGACUUGACUUCCUUAUCACAAAAUCCUUCAUCUCUCAUCUCUUUCCGUACACCUUCUUCCUCUCCUUCACCUCCCAUCCAAUUUUCUUCCCCCAAAUGUUUAGUGCAGAAUCCUCUAUUUGUAACCCCUGUAGAAAAGAAGAAACAUAAUAAUAAGUCUUGUUUCCAAACUGAAGCUGUUGCUCAAUUCACCGGUUUUUUGACGAAAGCCGAGGGUUUCCGUUUCGCUAUUGUUGUUGCAAGGUUUAAUGAAAUUGUCACAAGGCCAUUGUUGGAGGGUGCGUUGGACACAUUUAAGAAAUAUUCAGUGAGGGAAGAAGAUAUUGACGUUGUGUGGGUUCCUGGUAGCUUUGAGAUUGGUUUGGUUGCUGAGAAGCUUGGAAAGUCAGGGAAAUAUAAUGCAGUCUUGUGUAUAGGAGCUGUGGUAAGGGGUGAUACUACUCACUAUGAUGCUGUUGCCAAUUCAGCUGCAUCUGGAGUCCUUUCUGCUGGCCUUAAUUCAGGUGUUCCCUGCAUAUUUGGAGUAUUGACAUGUGAAGACAUGGAUCAGGCCUUGAAUCGUGCUGGUGGUAAAGCAGGGAACAAGGGUUCUGAGGCAGCUUUGACCGCUAUUGAAAUGGCAUCUCUAUUUGAGCAUCAUCUAAAGGUGUAAUCAUUGUGUGCCAUCUAAUAUUGCAAGGUUAUGACAUUUGAUGAAAUCACAUUGCUCAGCAGAACAUGAUAAUGCAAAGACAAUUGUUACCAGAAUUGCCGCUUCAUUGCUGCAAAAUAUUAUGUUGAUGCGAAUCAUGUCGUUUAAACAACUAGGAGAGUCGUCAAUUUUUUUUUCCGCUUAGUUUCACACUUUCUGUUAGUUGGGAAGAUUCAAUGUUGUGGUAAUUUGGUUUCAGCGAGUAAAUGCAAGAUUUCAACUUAAACAGUGGUGAAAAACCAAGUGGAAAUGUUGACAAUGCAUCUUUUCAUCGAUCGAUUAGACAGUUUGUUACAA